AUGGAGCCUAAAGAUGCUGUACGUCCGAGUCCCGAAAUCAGUCGAACCGUCCUGCCCACAAUUUGUUUCCAAGUGCAGGCCGCAGUUCGAAAUAUACCCCCCUUGGUCCAUAACCUGGACCUGAAGUAUGAAUAUAAUUGUCUCUGCACGAGUGGAACGUCAAUCUGGGAAACUUCCAGGGGCCAAUGCAAGACACCUCGCGUGGAAAAAAGUCUUAGGCUCCCAGUUGCUAUCGAACAUCCAACACGACUUGCACUCUCUGAAAAUGUGGAGCCAAUUUAUCAAAAAUGGUUUAAUCGUGAAGAUAAUCACCUUUCUGUGCUAAUAUUGGCAUGGAGCUAUAUAUUUUCGGCGCGCUGGGUUGAGCUUAUGCCAGGAGCCGAGUUAACAUACACUGAAAAGCAGGCGGAAUAUGGCAACAGCAGGGGAGAUGAACGAAUCGAAGUCAUGGUGGAUGUAGGAGACGUUAGCGAUGAUGCAGCCAGAUGGUGGGCCGCUGUUUUGUCGCCUGGUGAGGGAUGGCAGGCGGGCCUUACAAGGGAGCAAGAAAAAUUCCUAUCGCCAUGGUCGACUGCUUUAGAAACAAGGGCGACAUUUGCGCUAUCCUGCAGGGCACCUCUCUGUUAUACACCAACUACUGUACCUUCGUUUACUACUGCAGUUCAUUUUCUCUCUGAAUAUUGCAAUCGACACAACAUUGUCGCCCAAACCCUGGCGGCGCUUGCUUCAACUUUGUUUCUCCCUUUGCUGAAUAGGAAGAAGAACCCGAUAUCACUCCCGAAACCCGAUUAUCAUAAGGACCAACGGCUUCGAGUGCUCAUGCUAGAGACAACAGAGCAGAUGCAAUUUGACUUUAUAUCGGAUCAGAUACUGCCGGAGCUAGACAAACUGCUGACGUUGAGUUGCAACACACGGGGACUGCUCUCUCUUCUGUCGAGCGUAUUUUAUCAACCUGGAAUACCUUGCAACGCGGUAAGCCCAUGGCUGCAGUCUAUAUUCGUCGUCCUUGACUCUGUGGAAGAAAACCACAUACUUUCUUAUAUCUUGAUGAACCGAGUCCCGCAAGUUUCUUUCCUGUGGCUUGGCGGUAUAAUUAUGGGUGCUCAAAAGGAUAUCCUCCGGGACGGUCGACACGGUAUUUCAUCGAUUGAACCCCAUGCUGCGUCAUGGUGUGGCGUCGCACAAUCUUUUAUACAGGAGCCUGUAUCGGAACCAACAACCAUUUAUGGCACACUUUCCAGAUCAGAUGAGUGUCGACUACUCUACCUAGUCCAAGAAGAAGGGCACUGUGGAUGGCCAGUGACUCAAUGGAUGCCCUUUGGUACUACAUUACUUGAAGACGCUGAAAUUGAGGUCCGUCUACAUGCACAGUGUACUGGUCACGGUCUUCAAUAUAUAGAUUGGUAUUGGGCUUGUCAAAAUAAUACACUGGUACAUCCAUUAUCUAUUACAGCCUCCAUGUCCACCUAUAUACCACCAAAGCCCGCAACGAGACAUAUAACCCCGAUCAGAUAUGAAGGACUAGAUCUGAGCAAUGAAUCAGCAUCAGAAAAUGCUACACGGAAUAUUUUUGUCUGGCUUCGAAAUAAUGAAUUCCCUAAACGCGAACGGGAAAUAAGUAGACAUGAAUGGGUGGUCCUUGAUGAAUCAGAUAAUGAAUCAUUAUUAUCAGGUGAAUCAUUAGAAAGGGAUACAGAAUCAAAAUCAAAAGCUGUUAAAGAUUGGAUAUUAAACUAG